AUGCCUGUAUAUCCACCGCCACCUCCCCCACUAUUUCCUGUACCGGUACCAGCUCCAAUGCCUUUUAUAGCGCCUGCUCUAUUUCCCAUCAUUGUGCCGCAACCAGAUGAAACAUCAUCCAUGAUGACAACGACAACUACAACACAAAAACCAGAAAAUCAAGUAGCUAAUCAAGUAGCUUUUGGUGUACCGAUUCCUGUGCCAAUGCCGAUGCCAAUGCCAAUGCCGAUGCCAGUACCGAUUGCACCUCCUGUUUCUACUAAAUCACCAAAUAUAUGUCAGGGACCUCCACCAAGGCCAACAAAAUGUCCACCUUGCCCACCAUGUGUGUGCAAACCAUCGUGUACACCAUCAUUUUUUUCAUUUUGUUCUCCCUGUCACCUGAAAUGUAGAUGCAAGCGUAGAGAUGAUAUGCCAGCACCUUUGCCGCCAGCACCACCGGCCCCAUCAUAUGCAAUACAAAUAGGGCCACCACCGGUUGUAGUAGUGCCACUCCCCCCACAUAUACCCAUAAGACCAUCAAGACGACCUAAGAAAACAAAACCUAUAUAUUCAUCUUUCUCUGACUCCUCGGAAACAAGUAGUAGUGAAUUCGAUGAUUUAAGGUCACGAAAAAAUAGACGAAGAAAGGCAAACAUAUACAGAAGAAGUCUUCGAAGUUCUGAAAAUGAAAACGAAUUAGUUAAACCUAUGUUAAGUUAUGUAGCGGAGAAUGGUGAUAUUAAAUUCGAAACUAAAAUCGAUGAUAGAGACGUGGCACAGUUGCUCGGGGAAAGAUCUAAUGCACAUCAAACAGUUCGAGUAGUAACGGGAAACGAUGAAGAAAGUAAGCCACAAGUAAUAGUUUAUUCAAAUAAUGAAGACACACGCAGACAUAGAGGAGGCAGACAUAAAAAAGUUUAUCUCAGAGGCGGUGUUUCUAAUCAUGUGCUGGGAGAUGGCAAGAAACAGUUAAUAUUCAGACCAUCUGGAGAUAAAAAAAUCAACAAUUUAUCCUUAUCAUUUCAAAUAAGU